UCUUACUCCACAGCAUUAUGUGAAUUACACUUUCUUUUUUCAUUUAUAGGGAAGCACGCUGAGAAAACGCAAGAUGUAUGAGGAGUUUCUUAGUAAAGUGUCUAUUUUAGAAUCUCUGGACAAGUGGGAACGUCUCACGGUAGCUGAUGCGUUGGAACCAGUGCAGUUUGAAGAUGGGCAGAAGAUUGUGGUGCAGGGCGAGCCGGGAGAUGAGUUCUUCAUUAUUUUAGAGGGUUCAGCUGCUGUGCUACAGCGUCGUUCAGAAAAUGAAGAAUUUGUUGAAGUGGGAAGAUUGGGGCCUUCUGAUUAUUUUGGCGAAAUCGCGCUGCUGAUGAAUCGUCCUCGCGCUGCCACCGUGGUUGCCCGGGGCCCGCUGAAGUGCGUCAAGCUGGACCGCCCGAGGUUCGAACGUGUUCUUGGCCCGUGCUCGGACAUCCUCAAACGGAACAUCCAGCAGUACAACAGUUUUGUGUCCCUGUCCGUCUGAAACCCGCUUCCCAUGCCUCCCUUCCACCUCUCCCUGUCCAGGCUUCCCCAUGCAGACUGCUCUCUGGCCCCUCUUUGCAGCGCCACGUGGCCACUGGCAUCGCAGCUUCUUGUCGGUUUCUCUUAAAAGUUGCUCUUAUUGCACCGUUUUUAUGUUGGAGCAUUAACUGAGUGCUCAUACACAGUUAAAUAAAUAGAAAAGCGUUCUGUGGAGACUUGGCUGUUCCUGCUUCUCUCUGUGCAGUGUUAGUGUUCACCCCGGGCCGCGCGUGCCAUGCUUUCUGGUGAGGGCAGACCCUGCGCCACAUGAGUUACCGUAGAGUCAUGAUGUCACCGUGCAAGAUUGCCUUUCAAGUGACAGAAGUUUCCUGUUAUCAUAAGCAGAUUCUAGACUGUGGCCAUAUAUGCUAUAUUUCUUUAUAGAAUAAACGAUUUCUCAUUAAGCUCUGAGGAUUAGGAAAAACAGAUAUAGAAAAAUCUUAGUAUAGUAGAAAGACAUCUUCCUGUAUUUAAACUAGUUUAAGGGGUGGAAAAAUGCCCAUUUUUGCUAAUUAUCACGUGGAAAUGAUCAGUUCUUUUUUUUUUUCUUUUUAACAAGAAUUUUUAUUUGUGAAGCGACUUUGCCUGGUUUUGUUUAUAUCUUGUUCUUAAUGUUUCCUCUCCAAUUCUAAAAUAUGUUGAGGUGUGGCUCUCUAUACCUACCUGCCGUUUGAGGUCCACACCGAAUCGCAAGCUGCGAAUACUGGGUGACGAUCUAACUCCGUCUGCCUCAGCUCACAAAUCUGAUUUUACACCUUCAUUUAUCCAGCUGGUGCCAAGUGUUGGUCAUCAGAUGCUGAACUGAGAAUACGAAUUUGAGGUCUGCACUCUUGGUUGUUAACUUAGAGUUUUUGGUUAAUGUAUAUCCUUCAGUUGAGUCCAGGAGAAUAAUCUCUUAUGCUCUUUAAGCACUGAUUCCAGGAGAUUGGAUUUACUGGGAAUAGACAGACUAAAUGUCGUAACCGAAAAAUGGAGGAGGUGGGAUUGCUAAAGGGAGAAACGGCAGUUGGACAAAGUUCAGUGUUGGGAGCUUUGCCCCACUAAAUUCACUGGGGCAGGAGAUUUGGCAAGAAGUUUUUUACUUUGCUUUAACCUUUCCUCCCCUUUUUACAUCAACUAGAAUUUUUGCGGGGGUGGGGUCGGAUGUGUAUGUGUUUCAAAUUGGUCUAAAAGGCCAUCCUACUGAAAAGUUCUGCUUUCCUAUCUACCACCUUAUUUCUCUGGCAAACUUUUUUGUGUAAACGUGUGUUUUGAGUCUUAACUGUAUUUCAGUAUUUUCCAGCCGUAUCAAGGUUAUGUGUUGUUACAUUAUUCCAUGUGCACCAAUGAUACCCAAC